CAAUAUCAACCCAAACACGUCUUCCUCUUUCCCCAAACCCCCCAUUUAAAUACACAGUUCCCCGAAUCCCCCAUAACCUCAUAAACUGCUUUAACAAUCAAAACCCAGUUUAAAAACCACCACCAGCCACCGUUACCGCCACCGCCGCCAACCACAAUCGGGAUCACAACCACCACUGAAAAUGGGGCACCACAAACUCCCAAAAAGAAUAAUACUAGUGCGCCACGGCGAAAGCCAAGGAAACAUCGACACUAAAGCUUACUCAGUAACACCCGAUCACAAAAUCCCACUUACUUCUGACGGAAUUACCCAAGCUUGCGACGCCGGAAACUCAAUUCGCCGCUUACUUGACACCGCCUCCUUCUCCGUCGAUGCAGCCUCCGCUUGGCGAGUGUACUUCUACGUCUCCCCUUAUGAACGGACUAGAUCCACUCUCCGGGAGAUCGGACGGUCAUUUCCGAAGCGCAGGGUGAUCGGAGUUAGAGAAGAGUGUAGAAUACGCGAGCAGGAUUUUGGGAAUUUUCAAGUGGAGGAGAGGAUGAUGGCUAUUAAGCAAACUAGGGAGAAAUUUGGGAGGUUUUUCUAUCGGUUUCCUGAAGGAGAAUCUGCAGCUGAUGUUUAUGAUCGUAUUUCGAGUUUCAUGGAAUCAUUAUGGAGGGACAUAGACAUGAGCCGACUUCAACAUGACCCUGGGCAUGAGUUAAACCUCGUAAUCGUAACACAUGGGUUGCUGUUACGUGUAUUUUUAAUGAAAUGGUUCAAGUGGACAGUUGAACAGUUUGAGUUCCUGAAUAAUCCGGGCAACUGUGAGUAUCGAGUGAUGGAGUUAGGUGAGGGGGGAGAGUACAGCUUAGCUAUCAAUCACACAGAGGAAGAGUUGCUGGAAUGGGGACUUUCUCCUGAGAUGGUAGCUGACCAGAAGUGGAGAGCCCAUGCCAAAAGGGGUGAAUGGAAUGAAAAAUGCACUUGGUAUCUUGAUAGCUUCUUUGAUAAUCUAGAAGAUUCCGAUCACAGUGCAGAAGCUAGUCCUCGUUUUGAAAAGAAAUCCAGUCUCACCAAGAAAGAUGGAGUAGAAGAUAAUAAUCAUGUUGAAGACGAACAACAUAAACCUACUGACUGAGUGUUGAUCAAUUCUUUCACUACAAAUUUGUACAGGCAGGUGCUUACCCUGUAUACUAAUUGAUUAAUAGGUUUGAAUUUCGGAUAUUGUCAUCUGUUAUUCAGUCCUUUUAAUUGUAUUCUUUGUAAGAAUUUGCUACAGUAUCGAGCGGGGUGCUCCGUUCUAUUUUCUUGUAUAAUGUAUCCCUCAUUGUUGGAGUA